CCGCCCCCGCCCGCCCGCGCGCAACAGUUCCCCCAAAGUUGCCGCCCGGGAGGCGCGCGCCGGGCGGCCGCGGGGCGGGCGGCGGCGGCGGCGGCGGGGACGCGGCGAGCGCGGGCGGCGCGGGGAGAGGCGGCAUGGGCACCCGGCAGACCAAGGGCAGCCUGGCGGAGAGAGCCAGCCCCGGCGCGGCGCCCGGCCCCCGCCGCGAGCGGCCCGACUUCUGGGCGUCGCUGCUGCUGCGCGCCGGGGACAAGGCGGGGCGCGCGGGCGCCGGCGCGGGGCUGCCCCCCUACCACCGGCGCGUCGGCAUGGUCCAGGAGCUGCUGCGGAUGGUGCGCCAGGGCCGGAGGGAGGAGGCGGGGACGCUGCUGCAGCACCUGCGCCAGGACCUGGGCAUGGAGUCGACCUCGCUGGAUGACGUCCUGUACCGCUACGCCAGCUUCCGGAACCUGGUGGACCCCAUCACGCACGACCUCAUCAUUAGCCUGGCCCGACACAUCCACUGUCCCAAGCCGGAGGGGGACGCGCUGGGCGCCAUGGAGAAGCUGUGCCGGCAGCUGACCUACCACCUCAGCCCCCACUCCCAGUGGAGGCGGCACCGCGGGCUGGUGAAGAGGAAGCCGCAGGCCUGCCUCAAGGCCGUCCUGGCCGGGAGCCCCCCGGACAACACAGUGGACCUGUCGGGCAUCCCGCUGAGCCCCCGUGACCUGGAGCGGGUGACCAGCUACCUGCAGCGCUGCGGCGAGCAGGUGGACAGCGUGGAGCUGGGCUUCACCGGCCUCACGGACGACAUGGUCCUGCAGCUGUUGCCGGCACUCAGCACGCUGCCCCGGCUGACCACGCUGGCCCUCAACGGCAACCGGCUGACGCGGGCCCUGCUGCGCGACCUCACCGACGCCCUCAAGGACCCCAGUAAGUUCCCCAGCGUCACGUGGAUCGACCUGGGCAACAACGUGGACAUCUUCUCGCUGCCCCAGCCCUUCCUGCUCAGCUUGCGCAAGCGCUCCCCCAAGCAAGGCCACCUGCCCACCAUCCUGGAGCUGGGCGAGGGCCCAGGCGGUGGGGACGAGACCCGGGAUGAGACCGUGGACCAGGAGGACCCUGGAGGGGACUGGGAGGGCAGGGAGACUGUAGGUGCAGCCCAGACAUGACAGGGAGGUGGGGGCCUCACCAGGGAGUCCUGCUGGGGUAGGACGGCCGAGGCAGGCUGGGGGCUCCUACCAGGGCUCGGGCCACCAUCCAAAAUGGGCUUGGGCAGUAUCUCCCCCUGUGGGAAGCCAGAUGGUAGCAUCUGGAAAAGGAGGACUUAAUUCGUCUCUGGUCCUCUCCAUCUCCCCCUGGUCAGUCCACAUCCACCUUUGGCUCCCGAGUUGUCAUCCCUGGCUCAAGAGGAAUCAACCCUCAGCCCCCAACUUGUGGGUGCAGUUUGUGGGUGCAGUAUAAGUGCUGGGAUACUGGAAGCGUAAGCUAACGUGAAUGAAAGCGCUUUCCCCCAGAAAAGGAGUGUAACUGCAGCCCGACGUCCAACCCAGGAUUUUCCAAUCCUGAAUUACAAACAUCCAAGGCAGCAAACUCCAGCCACCUGCUGGACAUGCCCCUGAUCAGGGGCUGGGGUUGGGGAGUGGCUGCUAGAGACCCCAGGAGCCUCAUCCCCACAUGGACUGAAGGGUGUCUGCCUCCUCCUUGUGGAGCCCUGGGCUCCUUGGAAUCAACUUCCCUGUCUCAGCCUCCAUUUACAAAGGCCCGUCCUUCAACCUGUGACCCCAGGGGCCUACCCAUGGUACCAGCCACCCCCAUACCCUUCAGUAUUUAGGGCAUCCUAGGAAGUCUGGGCCUGACAGUACAAACAAAAUACAAGACCACCGCACACCACCCCCUCUCCAGACCACCAGACCCUCACAUGGGUCAGUGUUGCUUGGGUACAGGCCAGAGCCAGCCUUGCAUCCUUUUAAAAGGACCUAAAUUUUAAAAUUUCCCUAAAAUCCCCAAAGUUAAUUCUUGCUACUUGAAGCACAUCCCCAAAAACCCAGGACCACAAAGAUGAGGUACCUCCAAGCAAGACAGCUGGGAGGAGGGGGAAAAAAUAUUCAAGUUCCCAAGGGAAGUAAGAGAUGUCUUGGCCCUACCAUCCCUUACCCAAGGCCUGUUGGCUAAAAACCCACCCCUUUCAGGCAGUCAGCAAGUCUGGGAAACUUGGAAUCAUCCUUGAGCUAGAGAAAAUACCUCUGGGCACCCAAUGCUGGUGAACCAGAAACCCUCAGGCAAACAGCAGGCGGCUACAGAAGCGCAGCCUGACCCGCCUCCAGCCUCAUGCCAGGUAGGCAAGACCUUCACACCGAAGGUAGAGAUGGGAGUGCAUGAAGUCUGUGGUACCAUGCCUGCUGCUGUGGGCAGGCGUGGCAUAGAGCCUCAGGAGCUAAAGGAAGGCUAUGCAAAAGGACAGAGCCCAGAGGGACAGGGACGGUGUACAGAUGCCUUAAGUGCUUUGGGAUUUUUGCCCAAGUCUCAAGUGAAGAGGGAAGAACAGCUUAGACUGACCAUAAGGCAAGGCGACCAAGUACUAAUACCAGGACCACUAAUAUCUGUAAGCAGUGAUUGAACUUGACUUUUUCUUCAAAUACACAUUUGUAAGAACCAA